CAUGCAAGUCUCCGCACAAGCUGCAAAUAAUGUUGACAGUAGUGGUAACUUACACUUGUAGUAUUUUUGCUUUGUAGGUGUUUGGUAAGUUCAAGACUACAGCAAAAGCAAAUUAAAGUAGUCCUCUUCUGCAGUGGUGGUACCUCGUGCAAAAAUAAACAAACAGAGGUUUAUAAAAGUUAUUUGCCAGUUUUAUGGGACUUUUUUAAAUGAAUGCAAGUGACUGAAUUGAAAAGGCAGAGUUGAAUAACUGUAGCUCAAAACUAAUAAGAUAAAAAUGUGUGUCCAGUUUCUGUUGCAUGCUAAAUGAUUUCCAUCUGUUUUUUUUAGGUGUCUUUGUAUCCAGUGUGGUUCUGGUCUUGCAGCAGCGAGCACUUUUCAAGUUUUAUAUGAUCACCUCAGCUUUUCUGCUUGCUGCAACUUCAGUAUUGGUGAAUUAUCAUGCUUCUUUGCACAUAAACUUCUACAGUGCCUACUAUACAGCAGCUUCUGGAAUUCAGUUCUUUCCUUAUAAGGGACCCUCGCUAUGGAUGGCACUUUCUGUCCUUCAGCUUACCUUUGGAAUUGGAUAUGUUACAUUGUUAAAUGUGCAGUCCGUAUAUUCUCAACUAAUCAUACUCGAUAUAUUGAUCCCUAUAAUAGGAUUGAUUAUUGAAUUACCUUUUCAUGUCAGACAGAUUUUAGUUUUUACUUCAGGCCUGAUUCUGACAUUAUACACCACAGUCAUUUUAGCUAUGAAAAUUAAAUGGUUCUAUUAUUCUGCGCGAUAUGUUUAUCUCCUUGUAAGGCACAUGUAUCGCAUUUAUGGAUUACAGCUAUUGAUGGAAGACACAUGGAAAAGGAUCCGUUUUCCAGCAGUACUGCGUGUCUUCUGGCUAACAAGACUCACAGCACAAGCUGUCGUAUUAACGUAUGUUGUCAGGAUGGCAGAAACUGAUACAGAAAAGCAAUUUUACCUAAUAUCUUGGGAUAAUUGUUGGGAAUUAAUUUGCAGUCUUAUUAUAAGUGGGUGUGAUUCUACUUUAACUGUCUUAGGCAUGAGUGCUGUAAUUUCUUCAAUCGCCCAUUAUUUGGGACUUGGUAUUUUGGCUUUCAUUGGAUCAACUGAUGAAGAUGACAAGAAGCUUGGUUUUGUAGCACCAGUUUUGUUUUUUAUUUUGGCUCUGCAGACUGGUUUAAGUGGGCUAAGGCCAGAAGAGAGACUAGUUCGCCUAAGUCGAAACAUGUGCCUUUUGUUAACUGCAGUCCUGCAUUUUAUCCAUGGAAUGACAGACCCUGUGUUAAUGUCUCUCAGUGCCUCCCACGUGUCGUCAUUUCGCAGACACUUCCCAGUACUGUUUGUUUCAGCUUGCCUUUUUAUCCUUCCAGUCCUACUCAGUUAUGUCCUUUGGCACCACUAUGCAUUAAAUACAUGGCUUUUUGCAGUUACAGCAUUUUGUGUGGAACUCUGCUUAAAAGUAAUUGUUUCUAUCACUGUUUAUGUUCUGUUCAUGAUUGAUGGCUAUUAUAAUGUGCUGUGGGAAAAGCUUGAUGAUUAUGUCUACUAUGUCCGUUCAACGGGCAGUAUUAUUGAGUUUAUAUUUGGAGUGAUCAUGUUUGGAAAUGGAGCUUAUACCAUGGUAUUUGAAUCGGGAAGUAAGAUUCGGGCUUGUAUGAUGUGUUUACAUGCAUAUUUCAACAUAUAUUUGCAAGCAAAGAAUGGCUGGAAGACUUUCAUAAAUCGUAGGACUGCUGUUAAAAAAAUUAACUCCCUUCCUGAAGUAAAAGGAAGCCGAUUACAUGAAAUUGAUGAUGUAUGUGCAAUCUGCUACCAUGAGUUUACUACAUCUGCUCGUAUUACUCCCUGCAAUCAUUAUUUUCACGCACUCUGUCUUCGGAAAUGGCUGUAUAUUCAAGACACUUGCCCAAUGUGCCAUCAAAAAGUAUAUAUUGAAGACAAAGAAAAUGCAAAUAUCUCUAAUAACAAUGGGUUUGUUGCACCUAAUGAAAAUCCCAUACAAAUUGCUGAAGAAGCUGCUGAUGCUGAAAAUGAACUAAAUGAAGACAAUGACAGUACUGGAAGUGAGGAGGAGGAGGAGGAGGAUGAUAAUGAAUGCUUGACACAACACCUGAAUGAAACUCUAAAUGUUGACUCUGAUUCACUCGGUGAUUAAAAUGUCACUUAAAAAUCCAGUGUCAGGCUGUUUGUUUAAAAUUCAGUUCAACAGAAUAAAACUAUCAUUUAUCCUUGUAUACUUAAGCACAACAACAGUAUCUCAAAACAUUGAGUCUGUGAAUGGUGGUUGUUUACUGUGGUGUGCUACUGUAAAUAUACCUCUAAUGACUGCUGGUCUCUUUCGUGACCACCUUAAACUUGUGUACAUUAUUGUACAUGGAAUAAAAUGUUUUCACAUGUUUUUAAAACAAAGUUGGACAAAAACUUUUUAAUUGUGAUAGUGACAUAUGCAGACCAUCAGCUGUGCCAAAGACUGCAAGCUAGUAAAUGCCCAAGUAGAGACUGGUGGGGGAAGGGCGGGAGCAUAUAAAUAAGUCACUGUGUGGACCUGGUAGGUAUAAGCAGAGGUGAACAACUCUGAACAACUUGUUGACAGCUCUCUUCUUAAAUGUGUAGGUAAAAUAGCCAUAAAUUGCAGAGCUGUUUAAAAACUGAAGUUUAGGUUGGUAGAGGAUUAAAUAUAGGAACAGCACUUACAUAUGUAAAACAGAAUGAAAUCGCUGUGCUUUCUGCUUGUUUAA